AUGUCAAGAAAUCCGCUCAAAAAGUCCGAGUGGGAACGCCAGCUCUCGUCGAUCAAUGUCGCCAAAGAUGAUCUCAACCGCCUCGUCAUGGACUAUCUCGUCAUCGAGGGGUACAAAGAUGCCGCCGAUUGUUUUAGCAGGGAGAGUGGCCUAAAGCCCUUUGUCGACUCGGACAGCAUUCUCAACCGCAUGAUUAUUCGAGGCGCCAUUCAACGUGGAGACAUUGACGACGCUAUCGGACGCGUCAAUGAGCUUGAUCCAGAGAUUCUGGACAACAAUCCACUGCUGUUCUUCCACCUGCAGCAGCAGCGUCUCAUCGAGCUCAUUCGAGCCGGUCUCGUCAAUGAAGCCUUGGCUUUUGCCGCCGAGGAGCUGGCACCUCGUGGUGAAGAGCAUCCCGACCUGCUGCCGGAGCUCGAACGUACUAUGGCGCUGCUUGCCUUUGACGUGCCCAAAGCCGCGGGUGUGGCGGCGACCGGGCCGCUUGCGGCGCCUGCGCAUGUUGCCGAAUUGCUCUCUCCGAGCCAACGACUCAAGACGGCUGGCGAGCUCAACGCUGCCAUCCUUGCGUCGCAGAGCCAAGGCCGAGAGCCAAAGCUGCCACAGCUGAUCAAGAUGCUCAACUACAGCGAAGAGCUCAUGGGCCCUACGGGUCCCGGAAAGUGGGAGUUUCCGCGUCUUGAUCUCGAAGGCGCUCUUGGGAUCGGUGCUGGUCCCACGGCUGCUGGCAUUCGUAACGGCGACGCCGAAGCAGGGCUCGCAAUCUGA